CACUUUUGGUACCAAAAUUUGGUUCCUUCGAGUUGCAGUACCAAAAUUUUCAUUUUCAGGGAGAGAGAGAGAGAGAGCGAGAGCGAGAGAGAGCUCAAACAAUGGCUUCUCCAGUGAUCCAGAGAUCUUCAACGCCUUCUUCCCCACUCCACCACCUCUCCUCCUUCAAACACCACCCCACCACCACCACAACCCCACCGUCUUCCACCACCAAUCCAUUCUCCCAACAACAACAACAACAGUCCCCACUCGACUCCUUCUCUAUCGACCCCCUCUUCUCCCCCUUCCUCUCCCCCACCUUCUCCCCGGCCCAAUUCUCCUCCCUCGCCCUCUCCUCCAACUCCUCCGCCUCCACCGCCGAAAAACUCCACCACUCCCUCACCCUCCUCGACUCCCACCUCCGCCACCUCAUCCUCCUCAACCACCCCUCCCUCCUCUCCACCCUCUCCUCCCUCCGCCACGCCGACUCCUCCCUCUCCUCCCUCCGCUCCGCCCUCUCUUCCCUCACCUCCUCCCUCGCCCGCCUCCGCUCCGACAUCUCCCUCCCCCACCGCCAGAUCCAGCUCAAAACCCUAACCCUAGACAACCUCCACCGUACCGCUGCCCUUCUCGGUUCCACCACCCGCCUCCUCCGCCUAUCCGGCAAGCUCCGCGAGGUUAUGGAUGCUGACAAGACUCUGGAUCUCGCGAAGGCCGCCCAGUUGCAUUACGAGAUCUCGACUCUGUGCAGCGAGAACGAGCUGUCGGGGAUUACCGUGGUUGACGAGGAGUUACUGUGGGUGAAUGAAUGUGGACAGAAGUUGAGGGAUGAAGGGAUUAGGGUUUUGGAGAGAGGAUUGGAAGGGUUGAAUCAGGCUGAGGUCGGAGCAGGUUUACAGGUGUUUUACAAUCUCGGGGAAUUGAGAGUUGCUGUGGAUGGGAUGGUGAACAAGUAUAAGAGUCAGGGUGUGAAGGCUGUGAGCGCUGCAUUGGAUAUGAAGGCUGUGAGUGCGUCGUCUGGAGGUGGGUUUGGACCAGGAGGAAUACAGAGGAGUGGAACCCCUCAGAUUGGUGGAGGGGGAAAGGCAAAGGAGGCACUUUGGCAGAGGAUGGGGAGUUGUAUGGAUCAGUUGCAUUUGAUUGUGGUCGCGGUUUGGCAUUUGCAGAGGGUGCUUUCGAAGAAGAGGGACCCGUUUACGCACGUUUUGCUGCUUGAUGAGGUCAUGAAGGAAGGUGAUCCAAUGUUAACAGAUCGUGUUUGGGAGGCACUUGUGAAAUCUUUUGCAAGCCAAAUGAAGUCCGCUUUCACUGCAUCAAGCUUUGUGAGAGAAAUAUUUACUGGUGGGUACCCAAAGCUAUACUCCAUGAUAGAGAAUCUUCUCGAGAGAAUUUCACGUGACACAGAUGUCAAAGGAGUUAUACCUGCUAUCAGCUCAGAGGGAAAAAAUCAAAUGGUUGCUGCUAUUGAAAUGUUUCAGACAGCUUUCUUGACCCUCUGCUGGAGCCGCCUGUCAGAACUUGUUGAUACAGUAUUUCCCGUUGGUGGCCGAAGUAUUCCUUCCAAAGAACAUUUCUCAAGAAUUAUAUCUCGCAUUCAGGAAGAGAUAGAAGCUGUUCAGCCAAAUGGGCGCUUGACUCUUCUUGUUUUGCGUGAAAUCAGCAAAGGUCUGCGUUUGCUUGCACAGAGAGCUGAAUUCCAGAUAUCCACUGGCCCUGAAGCACGUCAGAUAACAGGUCCCGCUACUCCAUCUCAACUCAAGAACUUCGCGCUUUGUCAGCACUUGCAAGAAGUUCACACACGAAUCUCAUCUAUGAUGACUGGACUCCCCACUAUUGCCUCUGAUGUAUUGUCUCCAUCUCUAAAUAACAUAUAUACAGUUGCUUGCGAUUCGGUCACAUCCUUGUUCCAAGCCAUGGUCGAACGGCUGGAGUCUUGCAUCCUUCAAAUUCACCUACACAACUUUGGCGCGGAUGGAAUGGAUGCCGCUAUGGACAAUAAUAACACAUCGCCUUACAUGGAAGAGUUGCAAAAGUGUAUUCUCCACUUUCGCAGCGAAUUCCUAUCAAGGCUUUUGCCUUCAUCAAAUAAUGCAGGGUCCGUGGGGACAAAAGAAAGCAUUUGCAGUAGGCUUGCGAGGAGUAUGGCUUCGCGGGUUCUAAUAUGCUUCAUUAGGCACGCUUCUCUGGUUAGACCCCUCUCAGAAUCGGGAAAAUUAAGAAUGGCGAGGGACAUGGCUGAACUGGAACUGGCCGUAGGCCAGAACUUGUUCCCAGUAGAACAGCUGGGCCCACCGUACCGGGCCUUACGCGCAUUUCGGCCAGUCAUCUUCUUGGAAAUGUCUCAACUGGGUGCAUCUCCUCUCCUUCAAGAUUUGCCACCUAGCGUCGUGCUUCACCACCUUUACUCCCGCGGCCCUGAAGAAUUGCAAUCACCGAUGCAAAGGAACAAACUUACUCCUAUGCAGUAUUCCCUGUGGAUGGAUUCUCAGGGGGAGGAUCAGAUCUGGAAGGGAAUCAAAGUUACUCUCGAUGAUUACGCCGCUAAGGUGAGGGCAAGAGGGGACAAGGAGUUUAGCCCUGUGUAUCCUCUUAUGCUGCGACUGGGGUCGUCUUUAUCAGAAAUGACCGUGUCGCAAUGACCUUGAUGAAGGCCUUACAUCACUCCUUAUCCCUUGGGUAUAAUUCAUUGCCUGCCGAGUCUUCUCUUAUUUUGAGUUGUCAUUUCUUUCAUUGGUUCCCCUGUUCAUUUCCCAAAUUUUGUAUUGUUCAUUUUCCCGACUACAUAUGUAACAAUUGGGAUCUACACAUCUUUGUUAUACUAAUAGGAAUUGGAGAUUUGCUUGCCACAUAAAUUUAUCAUUAGACUUCUUUGCAAAUGUAUAUUGAAUUCCAGAAACAAUUGAGCUCGAAGGUAUGAAAGUGAUGUCUUUGCAAUAA